UUGAAUUUUUGGUCCUAUGAAGCUGAAAUCAUUUUACUCGAAUUAGGGGCCUGGAAACGAGUUUAUUGUUUGAUCAGUUACGGUUCUAACAAUUGAACAACAUACAAUAGUAUUUCCAAGUCAAAGCACUUCGAUUUUUUUUCAGACUCUGGUUGUGUACGUGCAAGUUAUCCGUACCUCUGAAGAUCCAGAACGAGACGGCGAACACAAAGGCCUGCGAAGGUAGCAUUAGCGCGUUAGAAAGGGGCAGACGGGAGCCCAGCUCAGGCACCUUGGCAGAAUGUACCCAAUGGAUCCAGAGAGGCGCAGUCACCAGAGGGAGUAUGAAGAACCAGAGACGUGCAGUCACCAGAGGGAGUAUGGAGAACCAGAGAGAUGCAGUCAGAGGAGGGAGUAUGAAGAACCAGAGACAUGCAGUCAGCGGAGGGAGUAUGGAGAACCAGAGACAUGCAGUCAGCGGAAGGAGUAUGGAGAACCAGAGACAUGCAGUCAGCAGAGGGAGUAUGGAGAACCAGAGAGAUGCAGUCAGAGGAGGGAGUAUGAAGAACCAGAGACAUGCAGUCAGCGGAGGGAGUAUGGAGAACCAGAGACAUGCAGUCAGUGGCGGGAGUAUGGAGAACCAGAGAGAUGCAGUCAGCGGAGGGAGUAUGGAGAACCAGAGAGAUGCAGUCAGAGGAGGGAGUAUGAAGAACCAGAGACAUGCAGUCAGCGGAGGGAGUACAGAGAACCGAGUUCAGGGCAAUGGGACGAUGGCCUUGAGACGAGAGGCAACGGCCAGGCUAUGGCCAGAGAGCUCUACAGUGAAUACUCCAGCAUGAGGAGGACGAGAGAAGAUUGGGAGGACUAUGGUGCUUCCUCUGAUAUGAGCUACACAAUGGACCCAUCGUCCAGAGACUGGAGCGAAGGCUCAUUGAGGGGUAGUGGUGUUCCCUUCUCCCCAGACACAGAUGGGGAGGUUGAUGGAGAUCCUGUGGAGCUCAGUGUGGACCUGGAGCUCCUUCGGAACAGGAUGGAGCUGGAGAUCAUCGAGGAACAGAUUGCCCUUAAAAAAGCUGUUCUUGCCAUGGAAUUGGUUGGGCCUGAAUCAAAGGCCAUCUGUAAACAGAAGACGAAGGACAAGGACCUUGAAGUGUUAACAACAAAUGUUUCCAAUAACGAUGUUACUCUUAAAGAGAGGGUGAAUUGCAUUUUGAGAAGGCGGGCAUGGACCAAUGAAUGUCGCUCAAAGGAGGCUGCCAACCAGAAGGUCCCUCCCAAGCUUGUUCUCCAUCCACCCAAACUGGUCAAAAGCUUUGUGGAACGGAUGAACGAGUCCAUCCUGCACAAAGACAGCAGAUUGAAGGGCAGCCUUACCCUGGACGUCCAUGAAGAGGAGCAUCCUCUGAAACUCAAAGUGGAGGCUUUAUUGGCGCAGCGACAAAAUCCCACAGUGAAUAAGGAGGACAAAGCAGCCAAGGGCUUCCAGCACUUCCUCAAUGUCCUCAACAAAGGGGUGGACAUCGACAGGCUCUCAAAGAUUGUCAACAAUUUCAAGGAUUUACCCUCUAUGGGAGAGGAGCUGCCACAAGGUCAGCCGCCUCCACUUCAUGGCCAGCCCGAGACCAACUCUAAGAGUGAGAGGAAGGUGCCCUCUCGCAAAAGGCGCUCCCGAUUUGAUGAGUUCCCACAAGGUUCAUUCGAUAUACUCUGGGGUCAGCCCACACUACUCGGGGUUCAGCCCAAUCCGUUUGGGGAUCUGUUGGGUCAAGUGGCCCAAGCAGGUAACAUUCUGCCACAGCACUGCAGUCUCUUACAAAGUGGAGGAGGAGAGAUUGGGCAACAUAGCCUUAGCUUAGGCUUCAUCCAGGCUAUGGAUAGCCCAAAAAACAAAAAGCCCAAGUCUACACAGGUGGCGGAGAAGAGGAAAGGGAGGCUUAAGUCCAAGUCUCCACCUGUUGAGCAGAAGGGGAAAGGAAGGCAUAAGUCCAAGUCUCCACCUGUUGAGCAGAAGGGGAAAGGGAGGCUUAAGUCCAAGUCUCCACCUGUUGAGGAGAAGAGGAAAGGGAGGCUUAAGUCCAAGUCUCCACCUGUUGAGGAGAAUAGGGAAGGAAGGCUUAAGUCCAUGUCUCCACAGGUGGAGGAGAAGAGGAAACUGAGGCCUGAUGAUGAGCAGAAGUAUGGACAGAUCCAGAGCCUGCUGCAGACUGUUGGGCUGGAUCUUGGGGUGGAGGAGUUGGGCCGACUGAACGACAGGAUCCAGGAGAGGCUGUAUGGGAAGAAGAGAGACCUGGGGAAGAAGGGGGGCAAGAAUGAAAGCGUGUGGGAGGUUGAGAAAGAGGAGAGCAAGAAGGACAAAGAGGAGAGCAAGAAGUACAAAGAGGAGAGUGAGAAAGAUAAAGAGGAGAGUGAGAAAGAUAAACAGAAGGAGAAAGAGGAGAGUGAGAAAGAUAAACAGAAGGAGAAAGAGGAGAGCGAGAAAGAUAAACAGAAGGAGAAAGAGGAGAGCGAGAAAGAUAAACAGAAGGAGAAAGAGGAGAGCGAGAAAGAUAAACAGGAGGAGAAAGAGGAGAGCGAGAAAGAUAAACAGAAGGAGAAAGAGGAGAGUGAGAAAGAUAAACAGAAGGAGAAAGAGGAGAGCGAGAAAGAUAAACAGAAGGAGAAAGAGGAGAGCGAGAAAGAUAAACAGGAGGAGAAAGAGGAGAGCGAGAAAGGGAAAGAUAAAGAGGAGAGCGCAUGCUCAAGUAAAUGUCACAGUAUUACCUUGUUAUCAGAUAGCUCCAACUCCAGCCCUCCUUGCCAUCGGUGGACUGCAAAAUACAAACGCUCAAGCACCAGAGACCAGGACCGAGAGAGAGACAGAGACAGGGGCAGAUCUGAGAGAGACAGACGCUCAAGCACCAGAGACCAGGACCGAGAGAGAGACAGAGACAGAUGCUCAAGCACCAGAGACCAGGACCGAGAGAGAGACAGAGACAGGGGCAGAUCUGAGAGAGACAGACGCUCAAGCACCAGAGACCAGGACCGAGAGAGAGACAGAGACAGACGCUCAAGCACCAGAGACCAGGACAGAGAGAGAUACAGAGACAGGGGCAGAUCUGAGAGAGACAGGGGCAGAUCUGAGAGAGACAGGGGCAGAUCUGAGAGAGACAGGGGCAGAUCUGAGAGAGACAGGGGCAGAUCUGAGAGAGACAGAGACAGACGCUCAAGCACCAGAGACCAGGACAGAGAGAGAGACGGGGGCAGAUCUGAGAGAGACAGACACUCUAGUACCAGAGAGCUGGAUAGAUAUAGAUGGUUGGAGACAGAAAGGAAAAUACGCUCUAGUACUAGAGACGGGGACAGAGAGUGGGACAGGAGCAGAUCUGAGAGAGACAGACUAUCUAGUACCAGAGACAGAUCAGAGAAAGAUGGUGAUGGAGACAGAUCUGAGAGAGACGAGGACAGAGAGAGAUGGUGGGAGCGAGACAAAGAGUGGGAUGGGGACAAGGAAAGCUUCCGGGGGCUUUACCCAUACUCCAACGAUCCUACACACCCUCGUGCAUCUUUGAUGGCAACCGACCCAGUGCAGUACUCUCAGUACAUGGCAUACCACGGCAGCCCCUACGCCAGCGCCUUCCCUCCAGGGUGUAGCUUUCCCCCUGGUACCGUGUUCCCUAGUACCAUGCCCCCGAGUAACGUGCUCCAUGGUACAGUGCCCCCCCCUAACCCCCUUGGGUAUCCACUGUACCCCAACUGCCCACCUUCUUACUAUAGUGGCCCUUCAGAAAGAUUUUUCCAGCCAUACACACAGGCCACUGGAAACCCUCAGUUCACAAACAUGGAUGUACAAAUGCAGGACCCAGACGCAUCCCUGAGCAUCCCUGAACAGACUGUGUGGCCCAGACUUGUCCAUCCCAGCAUAAAUCAAGACUCAAAGCCUGCCGGACUAAACCGUUUGAGUAUAAAAAUGCAACUGAAGAGGCAACGCUAUUGGAAUAACUUGAUUAAUCGCAAAAAUAUGCAAGAAUUGAGGCAGCUUAAAGAAACUCCUCUGGUGGCUGCCAAGGAGCCCGGUACAAAGAAAGUGCCAGAAGGAGAUGCAGUCAUAAAAGGGGAGAAACUGCAUUUUGUGGUCCCUCCGGUGGCUACAACGUAUUCUGGGGCACCUUCUAGAACAGGAUUCCCAAAUAGAAAAGGGAGAAAGGGGAAAACACUGGAAGAAAAAGGAGGUUUAUUCAACCAAGGUUUAUCCAUGAGAAACAGGGCCUAUAUGACAAGGUGGAAACUGCGUUUGGCGGAAGCGGUUGCAAAAGGCCUUGAGGUCUCCUCUGAACCAGAGCCCAAGACGGUGCCAGAAGCGAAGGACAAAUCAUUGACAGAAUGGCAGAGGCUGUUUGCAGACUCUGUGGCGAAUGUGGCUGCAACGGACCUAUCUGCCCUCUCUGAACCCGAGUCUGAGAAAAAGCCAGACUGGGAGACCGAGCAGAAAAGGACAGACGAAGAGAUGAAGGUGAAAUUAAAGAAAAAGCUUGGCGAGUUCAACCUGAAGAUGAAGCAGAAAGCCCCAUCAGAAGCCCCAACAUAACCAGAAAGGGCGGCUGUUUUGGUGCGUCAUGAGCUCACCUCCCCUUCGAACCUGCUGCUGACCCAUCCAGACCCCGUGGACAUCCGUUGGCUAACAUUCUCUUUAUCUAAUAUACACACACUGGCCAGUUUAUUAGGUACAUAACGGGUCGGAUCCUCCUUUUCCUCCAGAACGGCCUGAAUUGUUCGGGUGCGAUGGCAUCACGCAGUUGCUGCAGAUUGGAUGGCAAUACAUUCAUGCUGCAAACAGCCCAUUCCAUUUCAUCCCAAACAUGCUGUACUGGGUUGAGGUCUGAGGACUGCACAGGCCACCCAAGUAAACUGAACUUGCUGUCAUGCUCCAGGCAAUGUUUUUUCACUCCUCGAUUGUCCAGUGUUGAUGAUCACAUGCCCACUGGAGCUGCUGCUUCUUGUUUUUAGCUGUGGAACCCGGUGUGGUCGUCUGCUGCAAUAGCCCAUCCGUGACAAGGAUCGACAAGUUGUGCAUUGCAUUCUGAGAUGCUGUUCGGCACACCGCCAUUUUUUGUCUGUUUGUGGCCCGUCUGUUAGCUUACACGAUUCUUGCCAUUCUCUUUUGACCUCUCAUCAACGAGUUGUUUUCGCCAACAGGACUGCUGCAGAAUGGAGUUUUUUUGUUUGUUUGUUGCAUCAUUCGCAGGGUAGCCUAGUGGUUAGAGCGUUGGACUAGUAAGUUCCAACCCCCGUGCUGGCGAGGUACAAAUCUGUCGUUCUGCCCCUGAACAGGCAGUUAACCCACUGUUCCUAGGCCGUCAUUGAAAAUAAGAAUUUGUUCUUAAACUGACUUGCCGAGUUAAAUAAAGGUAAAAUAAAUUCUCUGUUAAGACUAGACACUAUUGUGCCUGAAAAGCCCAGGAAGUUGGCCUUUUCUGAGAUACAGGCGUGUCUGGCACCGACGAUCAUAACAUGCUUAAAGUCGCUUAGUUCAGGUGUUUUGUACAUUCAAUGGAACAGUAACUGAAUGCCUCAAUCCCUGUCUCCCUGCUUUAUAUAGCAAGUCACGGCCACGUGACUCACUGUCUGUAAGAGUGAUCCAUUUUCGUAAAUGGGGUGGUGUACCAAAUUAACUUGGGAGUAUCUGUUCUUUAUUUGACUAUUUUUAUUUUUGACAACUUUUAAUGUACUUUUUACUCAAUACAAUUUCCCUGACACCAAAAAGUACUCAUUACAUUUUGAAUACCUAUCAAGACAGGAAUAUGGUCCAAUUCACACACUUAUCAGAACAUCCCUGGUCAUCUCUACUGCCUCUGAUCUAGCGGCCUGAGUAUUAGUGUGUCCCUGGCUAUCCGUAAAUUAAGAGAACACAUUGUGCCGUCUGGUUAGCUUAAUAUAAGGAAUUUGAAAUUAUUUUACCUUUUGAUACUUAAGUAUAUUUUAGCAAUUACAUUUACUUUUGAUACUUCGGUAUCUUUAAAACCAAAUAUUUUUUAUGUAAGUAGUAUUUUACUUGGGUGACUUACUUUUCUUUACUUUUGCUCAAGUAUGACGAUUGGGUAGUUUUUCCACCACUGAUUGCAUUCUACCACCUGGAAUGUCAUUGCAUUCUACCACCUGAAUAUUUCUAGAUUUGUACACUGAACAAAAACAUAAACGCAACAUGUGAAGUGCUGAAGAAAAAAAAAAUCCAGGAAAUGUUCCAUAUGCACACAUUUGUUUACAUCCUUGUUAGUGAGCUUUUCUCCUUUGCCAAGAUAAUCCAUCCACCUGACAGUUGUGUCAUAAAGAAGCUGAUUAAACAGCAUGAUCAUUACACAGGUGCACCUUGUGCAGGGGACAAUAAACGACCACUUUAAAAUGUACAGUUUUGUCACACAACACAAUGUCGCAGAUGUAUCAAGUUUUGAGGGAGAAUGCUGACUGCAGGAAUGUCCACCAGAGCUCUUGCCAGAUAAUGUAAUGUUGAUUUCUCUACCAUAAGCUUCCUCUGUCGUUUUAGAGAAAUAGUCAGUACGUACAACCGGCCUCACAACCGCAGACCACAUGGGGGGUGCUGUGGAGCAUUUCUGUCUAGUGAAGCCCUUUUGUGGGAAAAAAUAUUUCUGAUUGGCUGAGCUUGGUGGUGGGUGGGUGGCCCUGGCUGCCAAGUGGGUGGGCCUAUGCCCUCCAAGGCCCAACCAUGGCUACACCUCUGCCCAGUCAUGUGAAAUCCAUAAAUUAGUGCCUAAUGAACUUAUUUCCUUAUUUGAACUCUAACUCAGUAAAAACUUAGAAAUUGUUGCAUGUUGCUAUUAUAUUUUUGUUCAGUAUAGUAAUACCACCAUAGGUUUGUCUUUUGGCCAUAUCCUCUGAGGAUUCAUAUUGAAGUUUUUUUUCAGUGUACUGUAUGUUCAGAUUGCUUUUAUGGCAUGGGCAGUACCAGGAGGUUGUUUUAGAUAUAAAAGCUAGAUAACUGUCUUAACUAUUUUCAAUCCCAAGCUUAUAGAUCCUGUCCUGUUUCAUUUUGUAUAUAUUUAACUGAAUAAACUGCUUUCUUUGUA